UUAAAAAAGAAAAGGCCUUCGUCAUCUAUUAUUCUUCAUUUUCAAAAUAAUAGAGGAAAGAAAGGGGAAAACGCCUCUUUCUUCUUCUUCUUCUUCUUCUUCUACUCCAUAAUUGGAUAUAAUUUCCUACAUCGAAGCAGCUCAAUAUCUUUUAAUUGUGGGAAGAAAUCGAAAUUCGUCGAGCUGCUUCAUAAUAAUUGAUUGAUUAUUUGUUACUUUUGUUGUAAUUUUUGAUUUGAAAUUGAAUUAAAAAGGGGAAAAAAUGGUGUCGGCAAAUAAAGAAAUGGCGGUGUACUGUUUUGAUACUCUCGUUGCUCAUUACAAUAACAGUGAUCAACUUCCUUCUCCUGCUUUCGAAGAGGGUGAACACCCGUUGUUUGUAACCUGGAACAAGGUAGUUAAUGGAGGCGAGCCUCGUCUUCGUGGCUGCAUUGGUACUCUGGAACCUCGUGCAUUAAUCAAUGGGUUCAGAGACUAUGCUCUUACUAGUGCACUGAGAGAUCGCCGUUUCCCCCCGAUUCAAGCAAAAGAAUUACCCCAAUUACAAUGUAAAGUUUCAAUUUUAACUGAAUAUGAAACUGCUGCUGAUCACCUUGACUGGGAGGUAGGAAAGCACGGUAUAAUAAUUGAAUUUACUGAUCCUCACUACAAUACCAGGCGAAAUGCCACAUACUUGCCUGAAGUUGCUGCACAUGAAGGUUGGACAAAAGUCGAGGCUAUUGACUCUUUAAUGCGAAAGGCGGGUUACAAUGGUGUUAUCACAGAUGCUUUGAGAAAGCGCAUUCGGAUGACUCGUUACCAGAGCACAGCAUUUACGAUGCACUAUGGAGAGUAUAUUGCGUAUGUGAAGAAUACCCGAGGCACUCUCCCCACUAUUAACGGGUUGAAGCUUGGCAAUUGAUCUAACUCAAUUUGCUUUCUCUUAUCUUAUUUCUUUGAAUGAAUUUCAUUGAAAUUCUGCUUUAUCUUUACUUCCACAUAAAGCCCAUUCAUGGCUGAUUUGAAAUUCUUAAAAUUGGAAGAAAAAUGAUUACUUUAUGUAAUGUAAGUGGUAUGAUAUUGGAGUAGAUUCCUAAUUUUCAACUCAAAAUUUCUAAAUGAAGCUUGCACUAUUUUAUUAA